AUGCCGUGGACUGUAACAAAUUCAUUCAAGCGAGGCCUUAUGAUGAAAACGUACGGUAGACCCGUAUGGCGCGUCUACGAUGAUGACCAAAGUCCAGCGGCUAAGAAAAGACGCGUCCAAUCGGGGAAUGAAUCGGACGAGGCAGAGAACAGCAUCCAGUACGCCAUUCGCGAGUCGUCCGCCGCUGUCCUGUCCAGUCCGUCGCGUCGCAAUUCCAUCCUUCUCUCUGAAGGAACGCAGGAUGAUGACCUGUCUACACCUCCGUCCUCACCGCCGCCGCGGUUGAGUUCACCUCCGGCCAACACGCGAAAACCCACUUUCGCGUUUCUCAAACGCAAACAAUCAGCCAACAAGGAAGCCGGCAACAGCUCCCCACUCACCGAGGUCAACUCCAAUAGUGUACGCGCAUCGGUAGACCCUCCCAAGAAGAAGUCAACGUCGCAGCAGCCCGCCUUAAAACAGAUGCAACUUGACCUAGGGCACGAAGUGAGAAGAACCUGCGCGACCUGUGGAAUGGAAUACGUGCCGUCGAACUCGGAGGAUGCAGCUCUACAUAAGAAGUUUCAUGAUAUGAAUACAACAGGAGUGGAUCUGGGUAAAGCAUUCAUGAGGGCAAAUGCCUCGCGCUGGGUCUAUGAGGCUACACGCUUUGAUGAGGGCUAUGUGGUCAUUGUCGAUCGAAAAGCGUCUCCGACCGCGAAAAGUCAGGCCAAGAAGGUUCUUGAGGUUAUCAAUAAGGAGUUGUCUUCCCCUGAGAUCCAAGAUGAUGACCUAUGGAGCCAGACUGAACCCCCGAGACAUUUGCGCAAAAACGGCUUAUCGGAGAAAGUGGACCGUUACAAAGUGUUCCUGCAUAUGAAGGAUAGUCGAUGCGUCGGUGCCUGUUUGACGGAGCGAAUCUGGGAAUCACGACCAGUUGAGAAGCCUUCUAGCCAAAUCAAUCGCCCUGAUUCUGCAGUUACGGUUCGCAACGAGACCCAUCCGGCGAUCGUGGGGAUUUCACGCAUAUGGACAUCCGGGUCAUCGCGACGGAAAGGGAUCGCGAUGGAUCUUUUGGACUGUGUGGUCAGCAAUUUUAUAUACGGCAUGGAAAUUCCUAAGGAGCAGAUGGCAUUUAGCCAGCCUACCGAAAGUGGUAGAGCAUUGGCGCAGUCGUUCUUUGGGGACGAUGAGUGGCAUGUAUACGAGGAAAGCUGA